UUUGGUUUUUAUGGCUGGCUGCCUUCACUGAUCAGCUGCUACAAAGAUGACAGUAAUCUCUGAACUGCUAAAUGAAGGCUGUAAAACUAGAAGCCAGAAAGCAGAUCCCCUAUCAUGUAAUUGCUGAAUAAAACGGUGGGAGGGAGGGGGAGUGGCGCAGACUCUGACCCCAGAGCUGCGCCAGUGCCAAACGGCGCACACAGGUCAGCUGGAGAGCAGAAAACCCGCAGCGCGACGGGAACAUUCAGCUCGUAUCCGACCAGAUCAAGCUCCGGUCCGACUGCGGUGAGUUCGGUGACUGGAUGGAAAGGCAGCUGUUACAGCGGGCCAAGGAGGCCUUCAUCAGUGGCAGGGCUCGACCUCUAGAGUUCAGACUCCAGCAGCUUCAUGCUCUGCAGAGGAUGAUCAUGGAGAAGGAGACUGAGAUUUCCACUGCUCUCAAACAAGACAUCAACAGGAGCCAAUAUGACACGCCUCUCCUGGAGCUGAUCAGCAUUGAGAAUGAGAUCAAACUGGCCAUAGAGAAGCUUGCACAGUGGGCUGCUCCUCGUCCUGUAGAGAAGAACCUCUUUACUAUAUCGGACGAGGUCUACAUUCAGCCAGAGCCCCUUGGAGUGGUUCUCAUCAUUGGGGCCUGGAACUACCCCUGGGCUCUAACUCUUAUUCCACUGGUUGGAGCUAUCGCAGCAGGCAAUGCAGCUGUGGUGAAACCAUCCGAGUUGAGCGAGUCCUCAUCCCUCCUGCUGCAUGCACUACUGCCUCGCUAUCUGGACAAGGAUCUGUAUCCAGUAAUGACAGGUGGUGUGUCAGAGACCCAGCAGCUGCUGAGGCUCAGGUUUGAUCACAUCUUCUACACGGGCAGCAGCACAGCAGGGAAACUGGUGAUGGAGGCUGCAGCGCACCACCUCACCCCUGUGACUCUGGAGCUGGGCGGGAAGAGCCCCUGCUACAUCGACAAGGACUGUGAUGUCAGGACGGCCUGCCGGCGUGUCACUUGGGGGAAGUUUGUGAACUGUGGCCAGACUUGUAUCGCUCCAGACUAUAUUCUGUGUGAGCCCUGCAUCCAGGGCCAGGUGGUUGAAUUCAUCCGAGAGACUUUGCUGGAAUUCUAUGGUGCUGAUCCGAAAUGCUCGCCUGAUUAUGGCCGAAUCAUCAACCAGAAGCAUUUCAGGAGAAUCAUGAGUCUGAUGGAGGGAUACACUCCUGUUGUGGGGGGUCAGAGUGAUUCCUCACAGUGCUACAUUGGUAAGGAGAGGCAUUUUAAAUCACUGUUCACAUCUUUCUGUUUUCAUUCCAGUUUUAUUAACAGUAUUCUCCCUUUGACAGCCCCAACGGUGCUGAAGGAUGUGCCCCCCCACUCCAGGCUGAUGCAGGAGGAGAUCUUUGGCCCUCUCCUGCCAAUAGUCACAGUGAGCGACAUGGACAAUGCCAUCAACUUUAUCAAUGAAAGGGAGAAACCCUUGGCUCUCUAUAUCUUCUGUUCUGAUCAGAAAGCAAUAAAACGGAUGAUUGAGGAGACCACCAGUGGAGGAGUGACAGUUAAUGAUGUCAUGAUGCACUACACAGUCAGCUCGCUCCCAUUUGGAGGCGUUGGUCAGAGUGGCAUGGGUCGUUACCAUGGCAAACACACCUUCGACCAACUGAGUCACCAGAGAGCAUGUCUGAUUCGCUCGCUGAAGAUGGAGAGGGUAAAUUUGGCACGCUAUCCUCCCCAGGACCGCCGGCGAGCGCGGAGGGUCCGCAUGGCCCUCAGGUCUCCUCUGAUCGACACGUCCAAGAGGACACUCAUCUGGGCCGUUGUGGCCACCAUCUUGGGCAUCGGCCUGCUCAUCACUCUGUUGGUCAUCCUGCUUAUAGCCGCCGGCCUUAAUUGCACCUGCUGGUACUGGAGAGGCUUCUACAACUAGCAGAGCUACAGAACCGCUUCCCUUCAAAAACUCUUCCCAAAGAUUUAAGAAAUGCUGCAGUGAUUUUAAAUUGAGACCAGUUUGGAGUUGAGAUGUUUCAGAGAUUAAUGUACAUAAUUGUUUAAUCUAAUUCCCCCUCCCCUGCUUCUCAAUUUUGUGUCAGAGGAUUUUGCUCAGCAACUAAAUAACCCUAGCUCAGUCAUUACUUUUGUAAAUGGUUAUUUUCUGAAGGAAAUAUAUUCUAAAUGCGUAUUUGUUUUUGUUUUCAAAUAAAAGAUUUGAGCUGACCAUA